AUGCGAGGGAAUGCGAAGGUUGGCGCCACCCGUGACCAACUUCUUGCGCUCGUCCAGCGGCGUGGAGCAGCGCACAGAGCGCUCACUCUCUUCACACCUCAAGCAGCAGCUCUCGUACGCAAUGUCAGCGCAACAAACUCGUCUUCAACGACUCUCUCCUUGCUGAAAGCGGCGGUCGAGCGCCGUGUGCCAGAUUGGACCCAAUCACUGACUCAAGAGAGGGAUGCCAAACGUCAACGCGUAAGCAGCAGCAGCAAGACCGACGUUGUGUUCGCGGCCAAGAUGGCACAGAGCCUUGUGAAAGUUUACGCGGUCACCAGUGGCGCUGUAGCCAAGGAAGAAGAACUGGACGAUCUGGUUGCGGCGAUGGAUCUGGCGUGUGUGGCGCUAUAUGUUGUAUGUGCACUGGAGCAUGCGGUGCGGCUGGGAGAUCUCGUGGUGGACAAUCUGCUCUACCAAAUUGCCAAGAAAUAUGCGGAUAUUCCGAAGAUGAAAGAGGCGGCGGCCUGUAUGACUGCGUGUGUUCAUGCUCGACUGUGGCAGGCGCACUUGAAACUGAGCAAUGGAGCGAGUGAGAAGUCGCAGUUAAUGAGAUUGCUGGAUUGGCAAGAUGAAAAUGACGAUGCUCUCGCCAGUGAAAUGAUGGGAAAAGCUGAGCUUGCGGCGGAAUUUCCAACUCCAAAAAGUUUUCACACAGCUCAGUUCGCUCGGUUAUUAUUGGGUCACACGAAUAUCUGCGUCUCGCUGCUAUCUGCCGUAAAAAAAUACGAGGUGGUGCUGCAAGUGGCAGAAACAACUCUGUCUCCGUGGAUCUCGCAUUUACGAAGAAGUUCAGAGCAGGAUGCAGAGUUGGCGUCAUCGUUCAGUGAUCGGACUUUUCGAGUACUGUGGAAAAUUGCUGCAGCGGUGAAUGGUGCCAAACCAAAGCCUGACACAACAAGUGGUGGACUCCGAUUUCGUUUCACAGCCCUGUCAUUCCUGCUCAAAUGCUCAAACUACAGUUCUUCAUACUUUGUGCAACAGGUCCACCGCGUUGGUGUCCAGCACGAACGGGCAACUAAAAGAUCACAGCAGGGACUCAAGGAACUAUACUGGUUUUAUGAUCAAUCAGCGAACGCUUUGAGUGACUCACAUCCCUGUUCGACGCACAUACACCGCUCCGAUUCCCUUCAGUGGGAGUAUAUCCAAUGGCUCGAGCACUUCGCUUUAAUUUGUGAAUUAUCUGGGAUGCACUUAAGGAGUGCAAUGAUUCUCGAAAAUGCGGUCCAGUAUGUGCAGCUAUUUGGAAGCGCGGGGAAAGCUAUUGAAACCUGUCUAGUAGUCUCCACUGCAGGUUCUCUCUUCAGUGCAGCUAGUUCUGAAAAUCGAGGAAGCUGUUUUAUCUCACGAGAUGGUUUCAGCAGCUCUGCUAUUGACAAGAAUCUGGAAACCGGCACUGGUAGAAUGAUACGCGAUCUCGUUCACAACAUUUCCUCCGACAAAUGGACUGAUCAAUGUGAAAAGGCUGCGCGAGUGUAUCUGAAAAAGCUCGAAGCGUUGGCACCAUAUAGCUUCGCGUCAAUGAACUCGAAAGAUCACCCUGGAUUUGUACCGUUCAUGACUCGUUCCUUAAAGAGAAGCUCGACGAAAAUGUUCAACUAUGCUAUCGCUGUUCAGCAUUCUGCAAAAUACCAGCUAUACUACCAAGUCAUAACGAGUUUUGAUGAAAUAUGCAAAGCGGUAAAGGAAGUAUGGUCUUCAGUGGCCAACUCGGACGCUAAGUUGAUGGAAACGCUCAUCCUAGAACAAUCACGACUCCAUCGAAUGGACGUUAUACUAUCGGUGCGGUGUUGUCUUGCAGAUAAUUCUGCAACCACUAAACCUGCCUUGCGCAUGCUAUCUCGACAUGUGACUUCAGUUCGUGAGCUUCUGGACAACGCGAUUAUGGAUGGGAAACUGAGUGACUCGAUUAUCAACGGAGUACUUGGCGAUCUGAACUCUAUUGCGCGAGAGUGUUACAGCUGCGCAACUCGUUGCUACAAAGUGGGAAACUACCAGGAUACGAUCUCAGCUCUACUGGGAGCAUUCGAAGUUGUGGAAAGCUACUUGGAGUAUGUAAUGUGCAGUAACCUCGAUGUAGAAGGUAUUCACGAAGCGCAUACUCAGCUGAAAGCGGAUGCUAUCGCCUCAUUGCUGGCACAUUGCUACCGUGAAUUGGGAAACUGCACAAAAUCACGAUUAUUCACAGGGUACUCUAUCUUGUAUUGUGGAGACAUCCAUGAGAUAAUUCCACGAGCAAUUGUCGACAAGUACGUGUCUUGCAUCCUGGAGGAAGCGAAGUUUAUGGAGGAGGAGGAACAACCUUCCAUCAUAAAUGAGUUCAAGAUUUUCUUGGACAAUAUCACCCACGUUUUCAAGUCUCGCCAAAUAUCUGAGCAUCAGAUUGUGACACUGUGGAGAGAAUUUAGGGAUGCCUUCGACCGAGCAUCUGCUACAAUUGUGGUAAGCUUGCGAGGCAAGUCUUGCGCCUUGUCAGGUGAUGUUGACAUGUCAUCGGUGGUCCGCGUGCAGAUGUGCUGUGAACUUGAACACUACUUAACAGUUAAGUUGGUGAAGAAAAAAAUGAAGGCGAUAAACGGUGAAUUCCCUAUCAGCAUUUUGCUGGAUGUCUCUCAGUCUUUGGCAGAUCGCAAGCUGAUUUACUGCUGCUACUACGCCAAACGCAACAUUCGCGACACAAUUGAAGGACUUCGACUUGUACAUCACUCCUUAGCUGAAGCUACCGAAAACCUUUUGAAUUUUUGUGAUGCUGUAGGUGUUGAUCUCGGAGGGAUUUAUGGAUGGUGUGGAGUGGUAACGAUGGAGAUGGCGCUGCUGGUGAGCUAUGGUGGCUCCUCAGAUGAAUACGUUGCAUCUGGAAAUAUCUCCGUCAGCGAAGAGAGUGCAAUUGCAGACAUUGAGCGCUGUUUGGCCUACUGGGACGGAGAAGACUCGUGUGGGUUUCUGUUUGAUGGACUUUACGCUGUGCAAUGCUUGGAAUCCGUGUACAACACGCUGUCUCUCAUUUCGUGCUCUCCACUGGAACAGGCGGCCAGGAAGUUGCUCCAGACAUUGCACAUGUCUGAAAAUGCUCAAGGCUUAAUGUCGAGUGUGAUUCCUCCUCCUAUCGGUCUGAUGGUUAUGGACUCGAGAGAAAUGGUCUUGACUGUGGAAGAAGGUGCUGCAACUGCAGGCGAUAACAGAGAAAUGCAGCUAUUUGAGCAGGUUGACAGAGAUCUGUUUGCUGCGAAGACCUCUCAUCUGGGUGCCAUCAGAGACCAAGCGUGCCAACAUUUGCUCAGUGCGAUGACCACGCUCGGUGAUAUAAAACAAAACGUGAAGUAUUGCCAAACUGCAACCGUAGCAAAGGGAAUAGGCAUGCGAGAGUUGUUUGUCCACACGAUCCUAUCGGACAUCCACUUUUAUGAAGGACGAAGCAAAGACGCUAUCACGGAAGCUAAGUCAGCGUUGCAAGUUUGUUGGAAGAUGGCGAAGAAGUUUACUGCUCCCUCGUCACAUACUGAGGCCGCGUGUUUCGAGUUACCACGAGAAAUCUCGGCGGCGGAAUAUUUGCAACGGAAAUCAGCACAUUUUCUGUAUUUCAUGGCGCUAGAAUGCUCUUCAUGGGACCUACUGCUAGCCGCGAAGGUGUCACUGUGUCGGAUAGCGUCUCUGUAUAGCCUGGCUGAUCAGCCACACAGGGCUGCAUCUUACUUGACGGAGGCAAUGCGUCUCGUAGGUGGUUUGAACCUGCGAUUCUUCCGCCGUGGACCUUUUUACGAAUACGCGGAGCUGGAGCUGAACGCAAACCACUUGGAGAAGGCGAAAGUAGCUAUGUCUCUACUGUCAUUGAACCCGAAGCCCAAUCAGCAAUCAAAAACCAAUCACUCUAUAGCUGAUGAACAUCGCUCGACGAUCCAAUUUGAUCCGGCAAUCAUUGAGCAAAAGUGCGACGAAAUCGUUCAACAAGGAGAUGUACAUCUCAGCGAGGCCAAGCACCAAGAAGCACUGGCAUGUUAUGCAAAAGCCAUUGAGAUUGUGGAUGUUACUGAAGAUUGUCAAUCUUCCAUCUCCAAGAGAUUGGGAAGAGUAAAGGCUCGAUGCUGGCGCAAGUAUACACGACUGCAAAGCCAAACCAGCGAUUUUUCGAACGUAUCAGCAGUGAAAUCACUCCUCGUGUCGAUGAAAAAGCUCAAGCGGUCACUGAAGUCUUGUGAUGUUCAUUUGGAGCGAGUCAAGAGCAUGCUUGAACUCGGACGCAUCAAUACAAGGUUGCUGCGGUCGGCCUCACCUCGGGCUUUUACCAGCCUAGGUCGGACGCUUUCUUUAUUGGAAGGAGCCUAUUUGCUUGGAGACCAUCUGGGUAUCCCUCAUUUAAACCAAGAAUUGCGGACAGCUUUGGGAAUGGCGUAUUUUGCAGAGAUUGAGGAGAACACGCGCGAUGACGCCAGCUCCAUGGAUGGAGGUGCUCGGGCUGCCUUUCUGUCGUGGGCGAGCUGUGCUCUGCUGGCAAAUGCUGGCAGCGAUGAUGCGAUUUCUAUAGCAAUGGACAACGAUACUUCGACUCAGGACGGUUUAGUGGUGCAGCUUGAGCAGUUGGCUGCUGGCUCAAACGCAUUUCAAAAGCAGGAACCUCAAGAAUAUCUGACCCGAAUGGCCCAGGGCAUUGCUGAGAAGGUUCAACACCUGCCAGACAACUGGGUCAUUGUUUCUCUGACGAUAGGUUUAUCGUCUGAGCUCGUGGUUACGCGCAUUCCGACAAAUGGCUCCACUCCUAUCUCCUUCUGCUUGCCUACUGUAUCCUGGUCAAAGUGCAUUCGUGAGAUGGAUGCCAUUAUUCAAAAUUCCAGGCAGGGUUUAUCUGGGCACACAGCCGAAGAAACGAGUUCAUGGAACGACGAACAGAAAAGGAAAUGGUGGGAUAAUCGCAAACUGUUGGACAGACGUAUCGAGAAGGUCGUCAUCUCCAUGCAGAAAAAACUGGGCUUUUGGCGCUGUUUGCUCGUUGGAGGGUCCACUUUCGAAAGUCAAAUAGUCCGUCAAUGCUGGGAAUUGCUGACCCAGACCAAAACAGGUCCAAUCAAACUGGCUGAAAGGAACCAAACGUUGCUGUGCGCAAUUUCGAAUGCCCAGCAAUAUCUGCCAGACAGCGAAGUGAUCGAUGGACUGAAGCACAUUGCAGCAGAGAUCGAGGUGCCGUUAUCUGAUUCGGUAUCUCGAGAAGUUCUUCAAGUGCUACGGACAAAUCAAAAUGACUUCGUUACUAACUCAACGGAAGCGACCCACUCAAAUCUGACCAAUUUGAGCACGGACAAGAUCGCCAGAAUGAAGGUCGGCGAGGUGAAGCAGCUACUUGCAGCUGAAGGACUCAAUAUCGAUGGAUUAAAGAAGGAACUGGUGAAGCGUCUUAUUGCUGCCCGUGACGCUGCUCUCGUUGACAGGAUAAGAACAAGUACGGGGUGCUGUGAUGGUGGAAAUACCGCUGACGUCUCAACCAUUUUGAUCUUGAAUCACCAACUUCAGCAAUUUCCAUGGGAAGGCAUGGACGUGAUGGAUCUCUGCAGCGGAGUGACUCGCAUGCCGUCUCUCGAUCUGAUCAUGCAGAACGCCAAGCUAUUGUCACCGGUACGACGAGACAGAGUGCGCUAUUUGCUGAAUCCUGCUGGAGAUCUUAAGUCGACACAGAAUCAACUGGGACCGAUACUGGAAGGAGGAGCGACAACGUAUGGCUGGGAGGGGAUCGUGGGGGAAAUUCCAGACCCCGACAAACUAAGAAACUAUUUAUUAGCCGCAGAUCUGUAUAUUUAUUGCGGCCACGGCUCCGGAGAGGCGUAUUUGCAUCGCGACAAGGUCCUCAGUCUGAAGUCCAAUUGCAGCGCCGCGUUGCUCUUCGGUUGUAGCAGUGGACGCCUCGAACGGGAGGGAAUUUUCGGACCAAGUGGCGCUGUGCUAGCGUAUGUACGCGCUGGCAGCCCCGCAGUGUUGGCGAUGCUCUGGGACGUCACGGACCGAGACAUUGACCAGCUGAGUGUGAAGGUGCUACAAGAAUGGCUUCUAUCAGACAACAAGGACGACAGCCGAUCACUGGCGCAGGUGCUGCAGUCCUCGCGAGGCGUCUGCAAGCUCAAGUAUCUCAAUGGCCACGCUGCAGUUUGCUACGGACUCCCGCUGUACGUUGCCAAGAGCUGA